UUGUCUGCAUUGCUUCUGGUGAAUUGUUUCAGAGUUGUGAGCACAAAAUUGACCCACACGCAUAUACAUAACAGAUAUACAUAAAUCAAUCACACAGGCACUCUCACUGAAAAGCAUACAGACACACUCAUCUGGACACACUUCCCAUCACAUACUUCCUGCUACGAUGCCGCGUGCCAAGGGCCACAGGCGGACACUAGCCGCCAGGACGAAGUUGGCAGAGUGGCAGUCAUCGACCCCCAUGCCUCCUGUGCCCGAGUUCGUCGCUCGGCGCGGCACUGGGUUCCGCCACCGCGUGCGGAGGUGGCCGACUUCGGACCUGACUGGCCGUCAGGUGAAGUUUGUCCCUCCAGCUUUCGACCCGGAGAAGAAGACUGUCUUCGUCAUCGGCGACUCCCACCUGAGGGGCCUGGUGGAUGGGGACGUCGCCUUACCCAAGGUACCUCUCUCUUUUUCUUUUCUGUCUGUUCCAGGUGCAGGUGCAGCUGACUUGAGGAAAGAGGUGGGGCGCCUGGAGUUCCCGUGGACCCCGGAUGUCGUCUGCGUGCUGGCCCCGAGCAACGACCUGGACCGUGGCGAUGCGGCGGUGGAGUUCGGCGCGCUCCUGACCAGAGUCCGCAGCCGCUGGCCCAAGGUGUUUGUUCUGGACUUCCCCCCGCGUCUGAACAAACCCGUGGGCCUGCAGGAUCUGCUGCGUCAGGAGCACCACCGCGUCGCAGCACGCAUGGGUCUCCCAUUCGUGGCUGUGACCAGCAGCUUCCUGCUGGAUCGGUUGGAGCUGUGGUGUUAUGACGGCGUGCACCUCAGCGACACAGGUGGCUCGCCCAUCCUGGUGAAGCUGUUGUGCCACGCUGCGCUCACCCUCUUCGCACCCGAUCCCCCUGCACUUCCUUCCCCUGGUCUGAAGGACUGCCUGGAUCCCCGGACGUGGCCCAGGGUUGGACAGGAGGGAGAGAUGGCCUGCAUCACUGCAUCUGCUGUUCUUUGGAGGAAGAUGGCAGAGCGGCAGUCAUGGACCCCCAUGCCUCCUGUCCCCGAGUUGGUCGCUCGUGGCUCGCCCAUCCUGGUGGAGCCUGCGCCUCCUUCCCCUUGGUGGACGCCGCCACCUGCCCUGGUGACGGGGCCAGACCCCCUGCCCCGUCGGCGCCCAGAUCCCCGGAGGUGGACCACGGUUGGACGGGAGGGAAAGGCUGGAACACAGCCGGUGCAACAGUCCCUUCCCAUCCCGUCCAACCCUGUGUGGUUCAGCAGUCCUAUGUUGGAUGCCAUGGAGGAGUUCGCUCCUUCCUCUGACUCCAACUGCACUGCUAUCCCACCACCUGGCCAGGCUUCUCCUGGGAGGUGUCGUCGGAGACCUGUGGCUGUCAGGCGCACCGGACGGAGGGAGUUCUCUCCUUCCUCCGACUGCACUGCUGUCCCACCACCUGGCCAGGCUUCUCCUGGGAUGCGUCGUCGGAGACCUGUGGCCGUCAGGCGCGCCGGACGGAGGGAGCAGGUUGGUGUCACCGUUUCUCCCUUACAUUUUCAGGUGCCUGCGGUCUGUGGGGAGCCAACGGUCAUCAGGGAGGAGCCUGCUGUCCAGGAGGAAACCCAGGUGCCGCUGCAGGUCUCCACAGAUAAGGUUGCUUCUUUUCCUCUACCUAGUGAUAGUGGUACUGUUAGUGUUAGUGAACCUCAGUCCGUCUGUGGUCGUGUGGCAAUGGUCGUGAGGGAUUGUCGGGGAAUUAGGUUAACUAAGGUUGUGCGCGGAUCUUUUCACCAGGGGGAUAGCAGGUUUAGUUACGGAGGGAUGCAGUGCAUGGCCAUUGCUGCAAGUAGUAUAGCUAAGCAUGUGGUGAAAAGCGUGUUUUCGUGGGGGAGACAGGAGCUCGAUCGCAUUCUGUAUUCCGGCGAUGAAUUAUACAGUAGUUUGCGCAACCUGGGUAUUUUUAGCCAUCCGUCGCAUUUUUUGUCCGUGCCGGAUCUACCUAGUAAUGUAGUUAUUGACGAGCAGUUGUUUAGUUUUCAUUUUAGUCAACACCCAGCAUCUGGUGCUGUGGGUGUUGAGCAGGAAAACGGUCCCUUUGUGACUCUGCGUAAUGGAUUAGAGGGAAUUUUCAGGCAGUACAGCACGUGUCUGCUGACACUGGUAACGUCUACAUCUGCCAUCAUCUGUGAGAAUGGACAGUUCGCUGUGGUCGACAGUCACUCACGUAGUAGCUGUGGCCUGGUAGAUCACAACGGUACCAGUGUAAUACUGCACUUUUCCUGUUUAGAUGACCUGCAUCACUACAUCUGUUGUUUGGCUGACGCUCUCAGUCCAGGGCCGCAGCCUUUUGAGCUGUGUGGCGUUAGGGUUAGUGUAGGUGCAAGUCCAGCGUUGUCUGGAGCUUCUGUAGAGAGUUGCAUCUUUGAGAUGAACACUGCUGCAGCACCUGACCUUAGUGACAUCAAAGAUGUUUGUGCCACCACCUCCUUGUUUGAGAAUGAUGCAGGUCCAGCUGUGAGCCACGCACAAUCCGGUGUUUCUGUGGAGAGUGGCUUCAUAGAGAUGAGCACUGCUUCGGCACCAGCAUUUAGUGACCUUGCAAAAAAUUCUGCAGCCCCAUCUGUGUGUCAGAGUGGGGCUGGUGUUGAAGCGAGCCCAGCACUGUCUGGCGCUUCUGUUCUCACUUUUUUAAGUGAAGUUAGCAGUGGCUCAACAGCAGAAUUUGUUGCCAAUGAUGGCAAAAAGCGUAAGAUUUUUUCCCGUGAACGCAUGUCUAAACAAUCAAAGUGUUUUGAUAGCGUUAUAGUCAACUCUGAUGUUGUGUUUAUCACUGCAUCAGAGAGUGGGAAAUUGUUUUUCCGUCCCCUCGGUGAUGACGUUUGUAGGGCUUUGUGUAGUCAAUUAAAAGUAGAUUUUAUGAAAGUCGGUGGUCUGGUGCAUAGAGAGGUGGGCUACUUAGGUGUUCCCUGCCUUAGCGAGAAAAUAGUUCCGGAUGGGAACUGCUUUUUCAGAGCUGUUUCUCAGGCUGUAAGUGGUUCACAGAAGAACCACCGUAAGAUUAGACUGGCAGCCUGUAGAGAGCUAGAAAAGAAUGAGGCUAGGUAUCGGGGUCUUUUGAGGAGUGAGAUGUCUCUUUUAGAGUACAUCAAGCAGUCCAGGAUGAAGUGUGUCAAGACUUGGGCCACAGAGGUUGAAAUCCAGGCCACUGCAGAUUAUUUAGGCAUUGACAUUUUUACAUUUCAUGAUGGUCGUUGGCUAAAGUAUCAUUGCAGCAGUAAGUGUUUGUCUGCGGACUGCAUUUACUUGGAGAAUGUCGGGGGCCAGCAUUUUGAGUAUGUUGUUUGUGUUUUAAAGCCUGGACUGCAAAGUUGUCAUGGUUAUUGUAAAUUAGGCUGGGAUAUCGGCUGUAGCACUAGGUCUUCAGUGAAAGAUGGAGCGGGGCAGGCAGUACAUGGGAUAACUUCUCUAGAUUCAGGUAAAGAUUUUAUAGAGGUUGUCGAGGGCAGUACAAUGAGUAGGGAUUCUAGUGCGACAAAGUAUUUAAAGCGCAAGAAAAGACUGCAGGAUACAUUUAAUGUUAGCCGUCGAGAGAGACGUGCCCUGCUUUAUAGGAAAAUGUAUAGUGAGGACUUGAACUUCAGGGAGAGCUAUACAUCACGAAGUGUAGAGAGAUAUAGAUCGAGCUUUGAGCACAGGUACAGCGUUAAAGCACGCAGUGUAGGGAGAUAUAGUUUGGAUUUAGAACACAAGUACAGCGUUAAAGCACGCAGUGUAGGAAAGUACAGGGAGAAUUUAGAACAUAGACACAGGGUUAAGGCACGUAGUGUCGGCAAAUAUAAAGAAAAUUUACAACAUAAAUAUAGGGUUAAGGCACGUAGUGUCGGUAAAUAUAAAGAAAAUUUACAACACAAAGAUAGUAUUAAGGCACGUAGUGUCGGUAAAUAUAAAGACAAUUUACUACACAAAGAUAGGGUUAAGGCACGUAGUGUCGGUAAAUAUAAAGACAAUUUACUACACAAAGAUAGGGUUAAGGCACGUAGUGUCGGUAAAUAUAAAGACGAUUUACAACACAAAGAUAGGGUUAAGGCACGUAGUGUCGGUAAAUAUAAAGACGAUUUUGAACACAGAGACAAGGUUAAACUAGGCAUCAAAAGGCAGUAUAGUGUUAGUUUAAAAUUUAGGCAGAAAGUGAUAGCUAGUGUACAGCUGAGUCGGAAGCAGAGGCUGGAGAGGUCUGUAGAUUUUGGUUUUGUCAUGGAUUGUUUUUUGGAUAAGGUUAGACACGGACCGGAUUUUGUGUGUAGUGUUUGUCAUAGGCUGCAGUUUAAAUAUCAGGUGCUGCGCUGUGAGAGGGAAGUAUAUGCAGCACGUUUAGCAACGGCAGGCAUUGCAAAUAAUUGCAUUAGUGAGCAUUAUCUGCAUAGUUGUGAUGAUAAGUGUGUUGAGCCCUGUCCCAUUGUUGAGUCCAGAGGUCAGUUGUGGAUUUGUUUUACUUGUCAUAGUAAGAUCAGUAAAGGUCAAUUCCCAGCUGAAUGUUGGAACAAUAACUUAGCUGUACACCUAAUUCCUCCAGAACUGGGAUGUCUGAAUAGCUUAGAGCAGCACCUGAUAGCUUUACGCAUCCCUUUUAUGAAGGCGUUGGCGUUGCCUAAGGGUGGUCAGAAUGGUGUACACGGGCCAGUUACUUGUGUUCCGGCCAACAUUGUACAAACCACCAAUGUGUUGCCCCGGUCCAGUACGGAGGGGUCUCUGCUUCAAGUUAAGUUAAAGCGGAAAUUAACCUACAAAGGACACUACGAGUAUCAAUUUGUUGACUCGUGGCGUGUCAGGCGUGCUAUAGAGUACUUAAAGAGAACUAAUGUCUUGUAUAAAGACAUUGAGUUCAACGAGGAAUGGUUAAAUGAUUUUUGUAGGGAGGAAGAGGUUGUUGUAGAGCCUGGUCAGGGUAAGCAGGUUGUUGUUGACACACAGUCCAGUGAGGAUGAGGCUGUAGAGCAGGAAAUUGGGGCAGAAGAGGAAUCCGAAGACAUAGUACAAGAUGAAAUGUUACAUGACAGACAACAGCACUGCAUGUUUCAGGACACUUGUCUUAUGCCUGUUGAUAUCGGUCAGGAAGCAUUAGAUCAGUAUUUUGCGGAUGUUGUAUGUCUGGCCCCCGCGGAAGGUAAUAGUCCCGUUAGAAUGCUUUCUGACAAAUUAAAUGAGGCGAAGUGUUUCCCUGUGCUGUUUCCGACGAGCACUAAUACAUUCCACACCCGCCGCACGCAUCGCUUAACAUUGUCGCGCUACUUUAAUAAUCGGGUAAUGCACGCCGACGGCCGUUUUGCGCGCAAUGUGGAAUACAUAUUCUUUAGCCAGUAUAUGUCCGAAUUAGACCAAGUGAUAAGUAGUAUUUCGGUCGCCAUGCGUAAAGGUAAGGGGGGUCAGCAUUCUCAGCGGAUUUCCCCGGGCAUGCUCAAAGACGACGAGUCUCUGAAGCGCUUGCUACAGUUCGAUGACGGUUUUCGUUUCCUUCGGCCCAUUCGCGGGACGCCAGCUUUUUGGUCUUCCGUUCAGAAAGACCUUUUGGCUUGUGUCCGCCAAUUGGGGAUUCCUACAUGGUUCUGCUCUUUUUCUUCUGCUGAUUUGCGCUGGCAAAAUCUCCUUGCCAGCAUCCUGAGACAGGAAGGCAGACAGCAGACAGUAGAACAGUUAGAGUGGGCCGAUAGGUGCGAGCUGUUGCGUCGCAACCCGGUCACAGCCGCGAGGAUGUUUGACUACAGGUGGCACUGUUUUUUGAAGGAAGUACUCAUGUCCCCAUCUCAACCAGUUGGCAAGAUUGUAGAUUUCUUUUAUCGCAUUGAGUUCCAGCAGCGUGGGUCCCCCCAUGUUCAUGCGCUGUUUUGGAUUGAGGGAGCUCCCCAAAUUUAUAAAAACACAGAUGUAGAAGUUGCAGAGUUUGUUGAUAAAUAUGUGACAUGUGAGCUACCCUCUGGCGAUGACACACUAUUGGAAGUUGUGUCAUCGGUUCAAACGCAUUCAAAACGGCAUUCAAAGUCAUGUCGUAAAAAUAAAACGGUAUGUCGUUUCAAUUUUCCAAAACCCAUCUCUGCACGCACGUUCAUCUGCAAAAUGAAAGAAUGUGUUUGUCCUAAAAAGGGAACGGGGACAGAGGGUGAUCGCACUUCAGAAAACAGGCCAAAGUGCACCUGUUUUGACGAUGAGGGAAGGAAGAUGCCAAAGGAGGUUGCGAAGAUGUUUAUGGAGAGAGUAAAGAAUGCCAUGGGGAGGGAGGAGCCUUUUGGUAGUGUAGAAGAGUUGUUUGCCAGUGUGGGCAUCAACCAGGAAGUCUUUGAGCUCGCUUAUAGGCGGCUGGAGACUAAGAAUAAGGUGGUUUAUAGGCGAGGGGUAAACGACACCUGGGUUAACCAGUAUAAUAGGAAUCUAUUGAAGUGUUGGAACGCUAACAUGGACAUUAGCUUUGUCACUGACGCCUACGCAGUCAUCAUAUACAUCAUAAAGUACAUCACAAAAUCAGAGACCGAAAUGGGUCUGUUAUUGAGCAAUGCCCUUAAGGAAGCAAAUAAACUAGGAAAUCUCUCUGCUAAAGACGCUCUAAAGAAACUGGGCAGUGUAUAUUUACACAACAGAGAUGUCUGCGCUCAGGAGGCAGUGUAUAGGCUAAUGAGCAUGCAUUUGAAGGAAUGUUCCAGGAAGGUCGUGUUUAUUCCAACAGGGAAUAACAUUGUGCGGAUGAGUUUACCCCUCAGUGUGUUGUUGCAAAGGGCUUCCUCAGAGGGCCUUAGGUCCGAAAACAUGUGGAUGACAAGCAUUGUCGAGAGGUAUAAGAACAGGCCCGAUAGUGUCGUGUUUGAGGAUAUGUGCAUAGCCACGUUUUGUUCGGAGUAUCGUAUUCUCAGCCAGAAUGAAAACUCGGACAAUAAAAUCGAACUUCAAGGGGGUUUAGGGUUCGUCUUGCGGAGAACACGAACGCAGUUUGCCGUCGUUCGCUACAUGCGGUUCAAAUUGGACAAACAGGAGGAAGCCCACUUUCAGAGUUUGCUGCAGUUGUUCCUUCCUUAUAGAACUGAUUUAGAGCUCAAGCCGGAAGGCUUUGAGUUCUACAAACAGUUCCACGAGGAAGGUAAUGUGACGUCGGCUGGCGGGACCGAGCGGCCAGUGCGAGACGUCGUCGAUGAAAACAGGGCAAAGUUUGAAGUGGACUGUCCUCGAUUAGAGCGUGCGCAGGAGAUUGCGGACCUGUUGGGCGGUGUCGACGAGGAUGCGUGGGGGGACCUUUGUCCUGAACAGCAAGUCGAACACAUGGAAUGUUUAGAGGAGAGGCGGCAGCAGCAGCAGGGGGAAAUUAGAGACGAGCAGCUAGUUGAAUUGGAGGAAAAUGUCCCCGAUUUGUUUGUUGGUGGUAAACAAGUAGCUACAAUCGAGAGAAACACCAACAUUUUGCCUAGAAGGGAGGGUUUAGCUCUGGUCCAUUCUCUCAAUGAGACGCAGAGGAGCAUUUUUGAUAGGAUUAGGAAAUGGUGCCUAGAAAAGGUGAUGGGAAAAACCCCAGAACCUUUCCAUGUGUUCGUAACUGGUGGGGCAGGUACUGGAAAAAGCCAUUUGAUUAGAGCUAUCCAGUACGAGGCAGGGAGACUAUUGUCGCGUCUGUACCAACCGGAUGAAACCUGCGUACUCUUAACUGCUCCCACAGGCAUCGCUGCAUACAGUUUACAUGCAGCCACAAUUCACCACACCUUUAGUAUUGGCAUGCAGGUUAGUUUACCGUACAUCCCUCUGGGUGAAGAUAAGAUAAACUCCUUGAGGGCUCAAUUUGGUCACCUACAAAUUCUAAUCAUUGACGAAAUCAGUAUGGUAGAUCAUCAUCUUUUAGCUUAUGUGCAUGGCCGGUUAAGGCAAAUUAAACAGACGGGGGACUUUUCUCCAUUUGGCAACGUUAGUGUUGUAGCUGUUGGUGACUUUUAUCAGUUGCCGCCCGUUAAAGGGAGGCCGCUGUACACCUGUCAGGUGGGUGUGGACCUCUGGUGUCAUUUCACAAAGGUAGAACUAAAAACAGUUGUGAGGCAAAAAGAUAGUGUCUUUUCUGAGCUGCUAAAUAGACUUAGAGUUCGGUCAAAGGAAACCCCAUUAUUGCAAAGCGACGUCGAUAUCCUCAAGUCUCGGGAGACGGGGGAACAGAGCGCUGCUUUGCAUAUUUAUCCCACAAAUAUGCAAGCCAGCGAGCAUAAUCUGAAGCGGUUAUUCGCAACCUGUCCAGAUUAUGUUACAAUUGAGGCCCAAGAUUUUAUUAACAGCAGGAAAACGGGUGAAUUAGAGCGCGUGGUCGGGCAUCACGGUAAAACGUCGUACACGUGUUUGGCCAAGAGUUUGUGUUUGGCUCCGGAAGCACGUGUCAUGCUUUGUAAAAAUGUUGCUGUGGCAGACGGUCUGGUCAAUGGCGCAUGUGGAACAGUGACUUAUAUUCAAUUUGGAGCAGAUGAAGACUUCCCCCUCGUAGUCUAUGUCAAAUUUGAUGAUCCUAAGAUAGGCUCACAAAGGAGAAAGGAACGUUCCCAUGCUGCUGUAGAAUGCCCGCAUUCUACUGCCAUUGACCCCGUGGAGGAUUCGGCGACAAAACGCGGCGGUUUGCGUCGUCAGUUUCCUCUUAAACUCGCGUGGGCCUGCACUGUUCACAAAGUGCAAGGUCUAACUGUCGACGAGGCUGUCGUGUGUUUACACAAGAUUUUUGCAGCUGGGCAGGCGUAUGUCGCCCUCAGUCGUGUUAGGGAUAUAUCCGGCCUUGUGAUUACAGAUUUUGAGGAAAAGGCCAUUUACUGCAAGCACACCGUCAAGGGGGCAUUGGAUAGCAUGCCCCCAUUCCUACUUGAACAUCCACAGCCUUCAUUAGAAACUCCCUGUUUCUCUGUGUAUUUACUUAACGUCCAAAAUUUGCGUAGCCACGUCGCUCAUUUGGUGUCUUGUACGCAGCAUUUACAGCCUACCUGUAUUGCUGUCACAGAGACGUGGCUCAGUGCACAAUCCUCAACAGACUGUGUCCAAAUAGAGGGAUACACUUUCCACAGUCGUCCUCGAGCCUUGUGUUACAGCAGCAAUGAUGUCAAAUUAUCUGAGAUUAGAGAUCUCGAACAUGGCGGAGUGGGAUUAUAUGUUGUAGAUAAUUCGGACUGUGAGAUUCUGCAGGUGCCCGAUUUAAAUCUGGAGUGCUUGGUGUGCCUGUUUACCAAAGAGAACCUUUUGAUGGCAGUAAUUUAUCGUCCGCCAUGUUAUCCAAUUUCACUUUUUAAAUCCAAUCUGGUUAAGUUACUUGAUUGUGUAAAUCCCAUCAGUAACACAAUUGCUAUAAUGGGCGAUUUUAAUGAAGACCUCCUCAAACAUUCAUCAAUUUCUAAAUUAAUGGGCCAAAAUGGAUUUUGCCAGCAUGUAACACAAGAGACUACAGAGAGUGGGACAUUAAUUGACCAUGUUUAUGUCAAAACAACACAGUAUGCUGUGGAUUGUGCAGUGGUGUCCACUUAUUUCAGUGACCACGAAGCCAUCCUGUGUGGUUUUCGUGGUCAAGAUGAAGGUGAUACGUUUGAUUUGGAUGUCUUGUUUGCAGAUAGUUUUGCUGACGAAGAGGGUCCCUAAACAUCAUCACAACCGUCAACCCCCAAAAUGGAUUAACUUGCUGGAAUACAAAAGACCAUAUAACAUGCAUGUGAAAAAGUGCAAUAUAUUUAUCUGUACAGUACCGUAAUCUAUUUAUUUAUUAUACAUAUAUUUAUAUAUUUUUAUAUAUUUAUUUAUUUAUACAUGCACCUUAUUGCAUUUUUAUCCUGCACUGACAGGGAAAACUUCUAGUUUGUAGAUGAUAAUGUAUUACUAGAUUUGAUGUAGAAAUGUUUUAGUUCGGUGUUAGUAUAUCUUGUUGUCAUGUCUUGUGAGCAUGUUUUCUUUAGUUAUGUUGUGUUUCUUUAAAACGCCACUGGUUCCUGUUUUUUCACCCUCUUGUUUUGUUUCCCUGUCAACUCAUUAGUUGCACCUGUUUCACGUUUUGGACUCAAGCACCUGUCUCCAUGUCAUUAUUUACGCCUGGUUUUUCUGUUGGUCCUUCUGGUGUCGUCGUUGAUUUUUUUCAUGCUGUUUCAUGCAAUAACUCUGCUCUUCUCAUGCUGCAUGUCUUUUGUUGAUUCAUAGCCACAGUUAGCGACUUUUGUUUCAUGUCUAUAGUUGAGGCUAUGUGUUACUUUUUUUGUCUCCGCCUUGUGCGCGCCUUUUCUUUGCACCCUUACCUUCACGCCACGUACCGUCACUUCACUUUGCAUGCCGGAAUAACAUACCUCAACCCCAGUCCUCGCUAUGUCCCUGGUUUUUCUGUUGGUCCUUAUGGUGUCGUCGAAUUUUUUCCUGCUCUGUUCAUGCUGUUCCAUGCAAUACGUCUGCUCUUCUCAUGCUGCAUGCCUUACCAAGUAAGUUUUUUUUUUUUUUCCAUAGCCACAGUUAGCGAGUUUUGUUUCAUGUCUAUAGUUGAGGCUAAGUGUUAGGUUUUUUUUUACCUUGCCUUGUGCGCACCUUUUCUUUGCACCCUUACCUUCACGCCACGUCCCGUCACCUUCCUUUGCAUGCUGGAAUAACAUACCUCAACCCCAGUCUUUGCUAUGUCCCUGGUUUUUCUCUUGGUCCUUAUGGUGUCGUCGCUUUUUUCCUGCUCUGUUCUUGCUGGGUUUGCAUGCCGCUUUGCAUGGCUUUGCAUGCCUGGGGGACAAUGGAUCAGCGUUCACGUCGCGUCCCCUGUCAGUACCCACGUUCACCGGGGGAAACCAAUGAUCCUACCUGUACAUGUUUAUAUUCUCUCAGGGACUGUUGUUUGCUUGUCUUGUUUGUAUGGGGUUUAAAUGUACAGAUGCCGGGAUACAGACAAGGUAGGUAAUGUGCAGGUAAUGAUAUAUUGACUGGGUGACGGCAGGAAGCACCAGCGUGACCCGAGGUUGUAGAGCAAGUAGAGAUAGAAAUAUUUAUAUAUAAAUAUUACUACUAAUACUAUAGCUGCUGCUAAUACACAUAUUAAUAACAUAAUACUACAAUAGCUGCUA